UGAAAAUGAAAGCGUUAACCCAAAAACCCCAACUUUGAAGUACCUCAGGGAAAAGAGAAGAGGGAGAAGAGAGCAGGGAGAAGAGAGAAGAGGGAAAACAAUGUCGGGCUUCCCAUUCGGAUCCUCCUCCUCCGCUUCUUCUCGGUUUACGCCUUUACCAUUGACCAAACCUCCUGUCAUUUCCCCCGCCACAUCAACCUCCGCCCCAGCUUUCGGGUCCUCUAGCCCUAGCUCCGCCGCAGCCCAUUCUUUCGGAUUCAGGUCCUCAGCAGCGACCUCCGCUCCAUCAUCCUGGUUUUGCUCCUCGGCUUCAACUGUAUCGGCAUCCAGUUCACCCCUGAUUGGCUCCGCUUCCGCUUCCGCUUCAUCUCGGUUUAGCUCAUCUUUCACUGUUUCUUCAACACCCUUGUUCAGCUCUUCUUCGUCGUCUUCAGCUUCAACCACACCCUCAUUCCCACGCUUCUCCUUCCAACCAGGCUCGCGUCUUUCAAAGCCAACAACCUCAACACCCAUCACUGUUACUCCACCAGCAACGGCUUCAAGCUUCUCGUGCGCACCAUCCACUUCCUCUGGUUCACAACCCUCUUUUGUAUUCUCCGAUACCGCCUCAUCACCCGCCCCCAUUUCCUUCGCAAAACCCACCUCACAGUCCUUCUCAACUCUUUCUGCUCCAUUGUUUUCUACAGUCACCACCACAAGCGUUUCUUCGACUCCAGCUGCUAGCACUACAACCAAAGCCUCUUUCUCUAUGCCGAGUUUCGGUGCGACUCCUACUACAAGAUUUCUUAGGAAGAAACAAACACCUGUAGCUGCAAUGACAACAACUCAGACAUCAACGUCACUUGUUGAGUCUUCAACUAGUGGGACAACUUCUACUGUCAGCACUACAAUAUCUACUGCACCAAAAUUACCUUCAGAGAUCACAGGGAAGACUGUGGAGGAGGCUCCCCUUACUUCUUUCAAGCAUGAAACUUCAUAUCCUAUUACCACAUCUGAUUGCUCCAAACUUGUGGAGCAAUCUACACUUGCCGCUGCGGUCCAGACUUCUACUGCCAUCUCUUCAGUACAACUCUCAAGUCUGGAUUUUGAUGCUCUAGAUCUGGAAACUCAAUUGGCAUUAAUAUGUGGAGGCUCUUCUAGUUCUGGCUUUACUCCCAGCGUCAAUGCUGAACAAGCCAUUUCUAGGAUCAAGCUCUGGCAAGCCAAGGAUUUUGCUGUGGAAGAGGGCCAUCAAUCUGUGGGGGAACUCAUCAAUAAUUUACAAAUUUUGGCUGAAGAGAAUCUCAUCCCCAAGUCUAUUUUCAGUUCUGGAGUCACUUCAGCUCAAGAGUUUCAACAAGCUGCAGACUUAUGGGGAACAAUUCACACUUCCUUCGAGCAAGCUAUCACCUGUAGAAAUUUCUAUCAAAGAUCUACUGAAAAUUUAGAGAAAGAUAGAUCUCAAUGCUUUGCUCAGGACUUCGAAUUGCAGUAUCUCAAAAAUGAAGCUCAAGAGGUAGAAGCCGAGAUUGCCAAAUUGCAAACACAACUCAAGGCCAUCAAGACCAAGGAAAAGGAAGUACGAAUUAAAUUGCAACGUAACCUUAGAGAUGCUUGGAAGUUGCAAAAACAAAUCACCACUGCCCAACCUGGAUUGGAGGAGUCUCACGCAUUAAUUCUGAGAGGAUCAAAAUUGAGAGCAGACAUGGAUGCCAAGUUUAGAGUUUUGAAAGUUAUUUUAACCAGUAUUGUACUAUAAUAUAUUUAACAUAUGGGCAUUUUAGCCCUAAAUCCUAAUUGAGAUUAAACUCACUUAAA